AUGGAGUCCAGAGGGAAGUCGACCAGCAGCCCCAAGCCGGACACCAAGAUGCCCUCAGCCCCUGCGGAAACCAAGGGUCCCUCUGCUGCUGAAGGGAAAGCCCAUGGGGCUGCAUCUGCCAAGUCAGGGAAGAAGGAGAUCCCAGCUGAAAAGCAAGAGCAGCUGGCCCCCACCCCAGUGCCCCCCAAGAAGACCCCAGCCAAGGCAGACCCCACCCUCCUUAACAACCACAGCAACCUGAAGCCGACCCCAGUGGCCCCAGCAGCCCCCAGAAGCCCCGAUGUCACACCAGAGCCAAAGGGUCCUGGGGAUGGUGCCGAGGAGGAGGAGGCCAGCAGCAGAGGCCCUGAGGGCCGAGGGCCUUGGUCCUUGGAGAACUUGACCCCCGUGCUGGUGGCUGGCGGGGUGGCCAUAGCGGCUGUGGCCUUAGUUCUUGGCAUGGCCUUUCUGGCCCGGAAAAAGUGA